CUCCUCUCCUCGCAGGUCCAUGCCCGGGGCCUGAAGCUGGGCAUUUAUGGUGACCUGGGCACCCUCACCUGCGGGGGCUACCCGGGCACCACGCUGGACCUCGUGGAGCAGGACGCCCAGACCUUUGCGGAGUGGGGUGUGGACAUGCUGAAGCUGGAUGGGUGCUACUCGUCGGGAGAGGAGCAGGCGGAGGGCUACCCAGAAAUGGCGAGGGCUUUGAAUGCCACAGGCCGCCCCAUCGUCUACUCCUGCAGCUGGCCAGCGUAUCAGGGGGGGCUGCCCCCCAAGGUGAACUACACCAUCCUGGCAGAGGUCUGCAACCUGUGGCGUAACUACGACGACAUCCAGGACUCCUGGGACAGCGUACUGUCCAUCCUGGACUGGUUCUCCGCAAACCAGGAUGUGCUGCAGCCGGCAGCUGGCCCUGGCCACUGGAAUGACCCGGACAUGCUCGUCAUUGGAAACUUUGGCCUUAGCUACGAGCAGUCACGCUCCCAAAUGGCCUUGUGGACAGUGAUGGCAGCUCCGCUCCUCAUGUCCACGGAUCUCCGCACCAUCUCCCCGAGCGCCAAGGAGAUCCUACAAAACCGCCUGAUGAUCCAGAUCAACCAGGACCCCCUGGGAAUCCAGGGGCGCAGGAUUGUCAAGGAGAAAUCCCACAUCGAGGUGUUCCUGCGCCCGCUGUCCCAGGCUGCCAGCGCCCUCGUCUUCUUCAGCCGGAGGACAGACACGCCCUUCGUCUACACUACCAGCCUGGCCAAGCUGCACUUCCCCGAGGACGCCGUGUACGAGGUACAAGACGUGUACAGCGGGAAGAUCACCAGUGGCUUAAAGACGGGAGACAGCUUUUCGGUCGUUAUUAACCCCUCGGGGGUGGUGAUGUGGUACCUCUAUCCCAUGGCGCUCCCGGCGCAGCCCUGGCGCCUUGUCAGACAGCAAGCCCCCCGCGAGGGUGUCCGCCCGGUCCUCCUGUGA